AUGACAUACCUCAAGAAAACGGAGCCACCACAUGCUGUGUUCUAUGCAGGUUGUGUGCAGAUGCUUGCUGUUGCCAUCCGGCAAGGCGCGAUGUUCUCCUUACAUGCGGGUUGCAGUGAAGUUCAAAGGCGUCUGGAGAAAUCCCAGGAAGUGGUCCCAAGCUCCAGGCUUUGUGGAACGAUGGCGACCGAGAACGAGAAGAUUUGGACGUUUGUCGAUGCGUUGAUGGCCGUGGUGGUCCUGGUGGUCCUGGUGUUCGUCCUUGGUAGGAUUGUAACGGUGGUGACACUGGUUGGUUUGGCGCUAUCGAAGUUGGUGGCGCGUCUAAGAAAUAGUCAACUGGUCAACCCGGCAAAAAGAAAUCAUAACUAA